UUUUGCUCCAAGGAGAGGGAAAAACACCAAAACAAACAAGGGAGCUUAAAAAUGUCAAUGCCACUGCAACGUGGCGUCUCAGGAGGAGUACGAGUUUCCGACAGCAGUGAUGAUCUCAGAGACUCUCAGAUGAAAGACAAGUCAGAUAAGGAAGGUCACUUAACCUUGAGGUUUCCUUUUGCUUUCCUCUUUACCAGCAACAGCAAUACUCAAUCUACUGAUCCUUACAGCGCAAGGACCAGACACAGGUUGAUGCUUCUCUUUCUCAAGAUCAGUUUGGUCCUAAUCGUGGUUCUCGCUCUGGCUGGUUCCUUCUGGUGGACGAUCUCCAUCUCCACCACUUCGAGAGGUCAUGUGUAUCAUAACUACAGGAGAUUACAGGAGCAGCUUGUGUCAGACUUGUUGGAUAUUGGUGAGAUCUCUGCUGGUCCCACUAGGUGGAAAGAGCUGGAGUAUUGUAGUGUAGAUUCCGAGAACUAUGUUCCUUGCUUUAACGUUUCCAAGAGUCUUGAUAGGUUCUGCGGGCCUGGUGGGUCGAGACAGGAGUGUUUGGUUUUACCACCGGUGGAUUAUAAGGUUCCUCUUAGGUGGCCCACUGGUAAAGAUGUCAUCUGGUAUCAUAACGUUAAGAUCACUGCUGAUGAAGUGUUGACUUCUGGUAGUAUCAACAAGAGGAUGAUGAUGAUGGAUGAUGAUCAGAUCUCUUUCCGUUCCGCCUCUCCUAUGUUUGAUGAGGUUGAAGACUAUUCUCACCAGAUUGCUCAGAUGAUUGGGAUUAAGAAUGAUAACUUCAUUGAAGCUGGUGUUAGGACUAUAUUGGAUAUUGGAUGUGGUUAUGGUAGCUUUGGAGCACAUCUACUCUCAAAACAGCUUUUGACAAUGUGCAUAGCAAACUAUGAAGCCUCUGGUAGCCAAGUUCAGCUAACACUUGAGAGGGGUUUACCUGCUAUGAUUGCUUCUUUUGUUUCAACGCAGUUGCCGUAUCCUUCUCUUUCCUUUGAUAUGUUGCAUUGCUCAACAUGUGGUAUUGAUUGGGACCAGAAAGACGGUCUUCUCCUUGUGGAAGUUGACAGGGUUCUGAAGCCUGGAGGUUACUUUGUUUGGACGUCUCCGCUUACGAAUGCUCGUAACAAAGAGGAUAUAAAGAGAUGGAACUUUGUUCAUGAUUUUGCUGAAAGCAUCUGUUGGACUCUUUUAUCUCAGCAAGACAAGACAGUUGUCUGGAAAAAGACGGUCAAAACCAAAUGUUACAGUUCCCGGAAGCCUGGGGUGGGACCUUCUGUGUGUAGCAAAGGGCACGAGGUUGAGUCUCCUUAUUACAGGCCGCUUCAGAUGUGUCUUGGUGGAACACGUAGCAGAAGGUGGAUUCCAAUUGAAGGCAGGACAAGAUGGCCUAGCCGGUCUAAUAUGAACAAGACUGAACUUUCACUAUAUGGUCUUCACCCGGAGGAGGUUGGAGAAGAUGCAACGAACUGGAAAGCAAACGUAAGAGACUACUGGUCUCUCUUGUCUCCUCUGAUAUUCUCUGACCACCCCAAGAGACCUGGCGAUGAAGAUCCGUCUCCUCCUUAUAACAUGCUCAGAAACGUUUUGGACAUGAAUGCUCAAUACGGUGGUCUCAAUGCCGCCUUGUUGGAAGCUAAAAAAUCGGUAUGGGUCAUGAAUGUUGUCCCUACAGCUGGACCAAACCACCUCCCAAUGAUCCUUGACCGAGGCUUUGUUGGCGUCUUACACGACUGGUGUGAAGCGUCCCCUACUUAUCCAAGAACAUAUGAUCUGGUUCAUGCGGACAAUCUUUUAUCCCUUCAGACGAGUCAGCGCAGGAGCUCAUGCUCGCUUCUGCAAAUAUUGACAGAGGUUGAUAGAUUACUUCGUCCAGAGGGAUGGGUGAUAAUCCGUGACACGGUGCAGCUGGUGGAAGCGGCAAGAGCUUUGACAACGCAGUUGAAGUGGGAGGCUAGAGUUAUAGAGGUUGAAAGCAGUAGUGAUCAGAGACUUCUCAUCUGCCAAAAACCAUUCACCAAGCGACAAUCAAUCUGAAACAAGAGGAGGAAGUAAAGGAGAAGAGUUUGUUUUAUUUUUGUAAACAAGUCUCACAGUCAGAGAACUGUGGUGGCGAUACAGGGGAAGAGGAAGAUGAAAAGAGAAGGGAGAUGAAAUAUAUGCUGCCGGGGGGACGUAAGACCGCCGGUGAAGUUUCUUUUAUAUGGUUUCAUGAGUUCCCAUUUUACAGAAUGUUACAUUUAUAUUUACUUUGGGGUUACUAUUUUUAUUAUAUACAGUGAAAAAGAAUGUAAUCCAUAUUUGUGAAGAUGAUGUUUUAUGAAAUACAAGUUGACAAACUCUAUUCAGUAGAAUACGACAAAUGUUUGAUGA